AUGCCAGGACACAACAAGCAGUCUUCUCGCGAUGCACAUCAUUCCCCACGACGAGGCGGCCGUCAUCACACUCACUCCCCUUACGAUACUCGAACGGUUCCCCUGCGAUCAAACCCGCGCACGCAAAAUAGUCCGCCCUCUGCCCGCCCUGCCGCCAUCGCCGCGGUCGCCGCGGUCGCCGAAAAAGAGGCUACCGCGGCACCACCAGAUAUCUCCCCUGCGGAUGUGUCGGCCACGACCACAGCACCACCAGCUGCUAAGAAACCGCUAUUACGACACUGCGAUUCAUCUGCAGAGAGCAACGAUACCGGCAAUGUCAGUAAUAUCAGCAACCCCAAGAACUGGUUUGACCAGUCGAACCAGAACCCCUCGGCCAGUCCCGGCCAAGCCAUGGAUGUCGACCCACCAUUUUUUCAAAAGCACCACAGUUCGCCAUCCGACCAGGAUGUCAAGGGCUCUCUCCCCCUUGACAUAGUGGCUCCCCAAGACUGCGAAGUCCCGCCGCCGGCUCCCACCCACAGCAGCGCCGAAGACUACCGAAGCGUCAUAGACGACCUCACCAUCGAGAUCAAACGUCUCAAAGACGAGCUAAAGCGGUACAGACAAUCGGGCCCCUCGCCGCUCCGGAGCGAGAAACUGUUCGAACUCAAAGUCCACAGUCUGCCCGCGUGGAAGAAGCGCGAACUCGAGGCGACCCUGCGAGAGUUCGCGUCCGGGCUCGAAACCACCUCGAACCCCAACGCGUCGUCGUCGCCGCGGAAGAAGUCGUCGAGGAACACGAGUCGCAUGUACUCGGGCUCUCAGUCGGGGUCGAAACAGGCUUCCUCGUCGUCCGAGUCGCAGCGGCGGCCAGUCGAUUCGGCUUAUGCGUCUAUGUCUACGGGUCAUGCGUCGGCCGGGACGUCACAAGGGAGGCAUUCCGGGCGGUCACGGGUCAAGUACUCGGAGCAAAAGGUGGAGAAUUAUCUCAAGGAGAUCCCCGAGGGGCUGUAUCCUCGUCACAUCACCAUGUCUGAGAAGCAGAAGAAGAAAUUAGUCGUGAGGCGGCUAGAGCAGUUAUUCACGGGGAAGCCGAACAGCAAGCAAAGAGCUAAGCACUACGAGGUGUCGCCGAUGUCGGUGCCCGUCAGCGAAAAUCAGGAGCCCGCACGGGAAGCGAGGAUUCUUCCGAGCCUUGCUACGAAUAAAAAGGGCGGGUCUCGGGAUAAUGGGGAAUCUACUUCGAACUCGAACGGCGACCAGACCUCGUUGAGCGGGAGCGGGAACGGCAAUGGUAACGGCAGCGGCAACGGAUCUAACAACUCGUCCCCACCGACGAUUCCGCCUCCCGAGCAACGACCAACCCGGCCCCGCGAUCUAGACCCCGAUCGGCCGCAGAACCCGUCGGAAAACAUCGAGUAUCUGCGACAUUUAGGAAUUGCGCCACCCGACAUUCAACGCACUGAAGUGGGCAACGGCAAGGCGGCGACCUUGUCUCCGGACGCGGAUGGCUGGGUUUACCUGAAUUUGCUCUGCAACCUCGCCCAGCUGCACAUUUUCAACGUCACCCCAAGCUUCAUCCGCGCCGCGGUCUCGGAAAAGAGCUCGAAGUUCCAAUUGUCGGCGGACGGACGAAAGAUUCGCUGGCGUGGCGGUACGGAGGGCACCAAGUUUAGUAGCGACAGCUCGGGCGAUAAUUCGUGCAAUAGCAAAUCGCCUGACGACUCGAGUAGUCCCAACGACGGGGGCAGUGGGAACAAUAAGCUUGACGGGGAAGAAGGGUGGGCGACGGCUCAUAAGAGGUCCAAGUCUAAGACUUCGGGCAUCAAGACGUCCUCCGGUCCCUCUGCGGCGAGACAGACGUCCAAGACGGGACCGCAGACGUUAUCGGAGGAGGCGGCGGCCGCUAGUUUCCAGUACAAACCGUUAUUCUUCAAGCACCGCACAUCCAACGAGCAGACGUCAGAGGACACGGGUUCUUCCCCCGAAUCGCGAGAAGAGAGCUAUUUCACGGGGUCCGGGUGGGACGCAUCCCACUCGAUGUCCUCAACGCGGAGGAAACGCCGCGCCGAUGGCGCGAUUAUCUACUACAGCGGAGCUCCCUUCUGCACGGAUCUCUCCGGUGAUCCGGGUCAUCACCAGCAGUCGUCUAGCCCUUGCGUCGAGGGCUCGAGCUCGCUGAUCCAGGAAGAACCGGCCGACACUGUGGAUCAAGGCAUCGAGGAGGUGUUUCCCGCGGUGCCGAGGCGCACGCUCUCGGGCUCGUCGCUGCCUUAUCGCCCUCUUAGUCUACCCCGGCAGGAUCUCUUGGAGGCGGUUGGGGCAAUGGGCGGGGGUACGAGCGAUUUGGGCACGGAUAUGGUGGUGGGUGAAGACGGGGAGAGCGAUGGCGACGCCGACGAGAUGGCGUGCGAGUUCCCGUGGUCGAGGUCUCCGCAGGCGGCGAGGGUUCCGCGACCGCUCGAGUCGACAGGCCUUGGUGGGGUGUUGCCCGACGAUCACUUCUUGGUCACGGUGUCGACGAAACGUGCUCGGGAGGAAGGGGAAUUCGAUGACGUGACCAAUCCCGAAGCUAGAUUUAACUCCAUGGUCGAGCAGCUCGGAAGGUUACACACCGCGCUACCGCCCCAAGGCUAUUAUUACCCCGUACUCCCCAGCAGAUCCCCCACCAAAGACAUCGAGUACCUCUCCGGCCGCAUCAAGCGCCUCAAACCCACCUCGCUCCCUCCCCCCGCCAUCUUCUUCCCACCGUUUAGCACGGACGAAUCGAGCUGCUGCGCCGAGGAGCUAGAGUCCUCCGAGGCGGACGACGAGCGCGUCACGAGUUCGGAGGAGGCUGCGAGUCGGCGCGUGCAUCGGCAUCAUCAGUCUGAUCUCCUCUCGCUCGAGGAUAGCAAGGUGUCGUCGGAGCCGGCGGCCGAGGAUGAUACUGGCGAUGCUAUGCUUGUUGAUGGGGAGUCGAGUGAGACGAGUCGCGCGGGGAAAGCGGUGGCGGGGGCGGUGGCGGGGUCGAGGAGUUCGUUUGCUACAGCGGGGGGUGGCCCGAGUGGGUUUAGUAGUAGUAAGGAGGAGAGUGAUGAUUCAAGCGAUUGA